AUGCAUCUCCGGCUUUUUUGCAUCCUGCUCAUCACGGUUCCUGGAGUCCAGGGCUGGGACUAUUACGGUUGCAACGAGGAGCUGGUGGCGCCCCUGUAUGCGCGCUCGAUGGGCGCCUCUUCCUACUACAGCCUUUUCACCACGCCACGCUUCGCUCGGCUGCACGGCAUAAGCGGAUGGUCGCCCAGGAAGGGGGACCCGAAUCCCUGGCUCCAGAUAGAUUUAAUGAAGAAACACCGAAUCCGAGCCGUGGCCACGCAGGGGUCCUUCAACUCCUGGGACUGGGUCACACGCUACAUGCUGCUCUUUGGUGACCGCGUGGACAGUUGGACGCCUUUCUACCAGCGAGGGCAUAACGCGACCUUCUUCGGUAACAUGAAUGACUCGGGAUUGGUCCGCCACGACCUGCACUACCACUUUAACGCGCGUUAUAUCCGCAUCGUGCCCCUGGCCUGGAACCCCCGCGGCAAGAUAGGCCUGAGGCUCGGCAUCUACGGCUGCCCUUUCAGGUCCGACGUGCUCUAUUUUGACGGAGACGAUGCCAUCUCCUACCGCUUCCCGCGAGGGGUCAGUCGGAGCCUGUGGGAUGUGUUCGCCUUCAGUUUCAAGACAGAGGAGAAGGACGGGCUCCUGCUGCACGCCGAGGGCGCACAGGGCGACUACGUGACGCUAGAGCUGCAGGGGGCGCACCUGCUGCUGCACAUGAGCCUGGGCAGCAGCCCCAUCCAGCCAAGGCCUGGCCACACGACGAUGACAGCAGGAGGCGUCCUCAAUGACCAGCACUGGCAUUAUGUGCGCGUGGACCGGUUUGGCCGUGAUGCCAACUUUACUCUGGAUGGCUAUGUGCAGCGUUUUGUGCUUAAUGGGGACUUUGAGAGACUGAACCUGGACAAUGAGAUGUACAUCGGAGGUCUGGUGGGAGCAGCUCAUAAGAACCUUGGCUAUCGGCAUAAUUUUCGUGGCUGCAUAGAAAACAUAAUCUUCAACCGAGUCAACAUUGCUGACUUGGCAGUGCGACGCCACUCUCGGAUCACCUUUGAGGGUAAGGUGGCCUUCCGUUGCCUGGACCCGGUCCCGCACCCCAUCAACUUCGGAGGCCCUCACAACUAUGUGCAAGUGCCCGGAUUCCCUCGCCGUGGCCGCUUUGCUGUGUCCUUUCGCUUUCGCACCUGGGACCUUACGGGGCUGCUGUUGUUCUCCAGCUUGGGGGAUGGGCUGGGCCACGUGGAGCUAAUGCUCAGCGAAGGGCAGGUCAACGUGUCCAUCUCACAGACGGGCCGCAAGAAGCUUCAGUUCGCUGCUGGGUAUCGCCUUAAUGAUGGCUUCUGGCAUGAGGUGAAUUUCGUGGCUCAGGAAAACCAUGCAGUCAUCAGCAUCGAUGAUGUAGAGGGGGCAGAGGUCAGGGUCUCAUACCCCCUCCUGAUCCGCACGGGGACCUCGUACUUCUUUGGAGGUUGUCCUAAACCAGUCAGUCGGUGGGGCUGCCACUCCAACCAGACAGCGUUCCACGGCUGCAUGGAGCUACUCAAGGUGGAUGGUCAACUGGUCAACUUAACCCUGGUGGAGUUCCAGCGGCUUGGCCACUUUGCUGAGGUCCUCUUUGACACAUGUGGUAUCACUGAUAGGUGCAGUCCUAACAUGUGUGAGCAUGAUGGGCGCUGCUACCAGUCCUGGGAUGACUUCAUCUGCUACUGUGAGCUGACAGGCUACAAGGGGGAGACCUGCCACCAACCAUUGUAUAAGGAAUCCUGUGAGGCUUAUCGGCUCAGUGGGAAAUACUCUGGAAACUUUACCAUUGACCCCGAUGGCAGCGGUCCUCUGAAGCCAUUUGUAGUGUACUGUGACAUCCGAGAGAACCGAGCCUGGACAGUUGUGCGGCAUGACAGGCUGUGGACAACCCGGGUAACAGGUUCCAGCAUGGAGCGGCCAUUCCUGGGGGCUGUCCAGUACUGGAAUGCAUCCUGGGAGGAAGUCGGUGCUCUGGCCAAUGCUUCCCAGCACUGCGAGCAGUGGAUAGAGUUCUCCUGCUACAACUCCCGGCUUCUCAACACUGCAGGUGGCUACCCUUACAGCUUUUGGAUGGGCCGAAACGAGGAGCAGCACUUCUACUGGGGAGGCUCACAGCCUGGGAUACAGCGUUGUGCCUGUGGCCUGGACCGGAGCUGUGUGGACCCUGCUUUGCACUGCAACUGUGAUGCUGACCAGCCCCAGUGGAGAACUGACAAGGGACUGCUGACCUUUGUGGAUCACCUGCCUGUCACCCAGGUGGUGGUGGGGGAUACAAACCGCUCCAAUUCCGAGGCCCAGUUCUUCCUGAGGCCUCUGCGCUGCUAUGGCGAUCGCAACUCCUGGAACACCAUCUCCUUCCACACCGGAACCACACUUCGCUUUCCCCCAAUCCGCGCCAACCACAGCCUUGAUGUCUCCUUCUACUUCAGGACCUCGGCUUUGUCAGGAGUCUUCCUAGAGAACGUAGCAGGCCCUUUCUGCCAGUGGAACCGACCUUACGUGCGAGUGGAACUUAACACAUCCCGGGAUGUGGUCUUCGCUUUCGACGUGGGGAAUGGGGAUGAGAAUCUGACAGUGCACUCAGAUGACUUUGAGUUCAAUGAUGAUGAAUGGCACCUGGUCCGGGCUGAAAUCAACGUGAAGCAAGCCCGGCUCCGCGUGGACCAUCGGCCCUGGGUGCUGCGGCCAAUGCCCCUGCAGACUUACAUCUGGCUAGAGUAUGACCAGCCCCUCUAUGUCGGAUCUGCAGAAAUGAAGAGGCGUCCUUUCGUCGGUUGCUUGAGGGCCAUGCGUCUGAAUGGGGUGACUCUGAAUCUAGAAGGCCGUGCCAAUGCCUCUGAGGGUACAUCACCCAACUGCACGGGCCACUGUGCCCACCCCCGCUUUCCCUGUUUCCAUGGAGGCCGCUGCGUGGAGCGUUAUAGCUACUACACAUGUGACUGUGACCUUACAGCUUUUGAUGGACCAUACUGCAACCAUGAUAUCGGCGGCUUCUUUGAGCCUGGCACCUGGAUGCGCUAUAACCUACAGUCGGCACUUCGCUCUGCAGCCAAGGAGUUUUCCCACAUGCUGAGCCGGCCAGUGCCGGGCUAUGAGCCUGGCUACAUCCCAGGCUACGAUACUCCUGGCUACGUGCCUGGCUACCAUGGCCCUGGGUACCGCCUGCCUGAAUACCCCCGGCCAGGCCGGCCGGUGCCCGGUUACCGGGGGCCUGUCUACAAUGUUACUGGAGAGGAAGUGUCCUUUAGCUUCAGCACCAGCUCCGCUCCUGCUGUCCUGCUCUACGUCAGCUCCUUUGUGCGGGACUACAUGGCGGUGCUCAUCAAGGAAGAUGGGACCCUGCAGCUGCGGUAUCAGCUGGGCACCAGUCCUUAUGUGUACCAGCUAACGACUCGACCGGUGACUGACGGCCAGCCCCACAGUGUCAACAUCACUAGGGUCUACCGCACACUCUUCAUCCAGGUAGACUACUUCCCAUUGACAGAACAGAAGUUCUCACUGCUGGUGGACAGUCAAUUGGAUUCACCCAAGGCCUUGUACCUAGGGCGUGUAAUGGAGACGGGAGUAAUUGACCCCGAGAUCCAGCGCUACAACACACCAGGUUUCUCAGGCUGCCUGUCUGGUGUUCGAUUCAACAAUGUGGCUCCUCUAAAGACCCACUUUCGAAGCCCUCGACCCAUGACAGCUGAACUUUCAGAGGCUCUUCGAGUUCAGGGAGAACUGUCAGAGUCUAACUGUGGAGCCAUGCCACGUCUUUUCUCAGAGGUGCCACCAGAACUUGAUCCCUGGUACCUACCCCCAGACUUCCCAUACUACCAUGAUGAUGGCUGGGUUGCCAUACUUCUAGGCUUUUUGGUGGCCUUUCUGCUGCUGGGGCUGGUGGGAAUGUUGGUGCUCUUCUAUCUGCAAAACCAUCGCUACAAGGGCUCCUACCACACCAAUGAGCCCAAGGCCACCCAUGAUUACCAACCUGGCAGUAAACCUCCUCUGCCUACUUCAGGCUCUGUCCAGGCCCCAGCCCCCACCCCAGCCCCCACCCCAGCCCCAGCCCCAGCUCCAGCUCCAGCCCCAGCUUCGGCACCCCGGGACCAGAAUUUACCCCAGAUCCUGGAAGAGUCCAGGUCUGAAUGAAUCAGAAGGGCUUCAGGGACCAAGUUCAUCUCCCCCGAGUUUCCCCAUUCCUGCCUCCAUCCUACCCUGUCAGGGACAUUUGGCUCCUUUUAGCUGGCUCUGCCCAUCCAGUGGAUACCCCUUCUGCCAUGUGUAGUUGGCAGAACUACAGAUGGGACCAAAGGGAGUGGCUAAGCCUCACUGCCUAAACCAAUGCCCUGCCCAUCCCUGUUUUCCCAGGCUCCUGGCUAUUUGGCUGCCCCAAAGGAGAAGGCCUUCCCUGCUAUGUCUCUCCCAGCUGCUGCCAGGGAUUAACAACAGAGUGUAGGGGAGAUUAACUAUCUCCCUUCAAAUAUAUAAUCUCAGCAGGGACAGAUGUGUGGAAUUGCAGGGAUGCACAGGGUAAGGGGGGAGGAGGCUGCUAAAUCAUAUCCCCCAGCCUCCCCUCUACCCUGCAGAAUGUCUUCCAUCUGCUUCUACUCAGCUGGGGGUUGGGGAAGGCUUCAAUACUGUUCCCUACCCCCAUGCCCUCUCUCUUUUUAUUUAACACAGAGACCAAGAGGCCUCAGUUUAGCACUUUAGUACCUCCGCUGCUUCACAUGCUUUAGCCAAAGCCAUAAACAAGACACUUGCAAUGUAGAGAAAUAAUGCAGACACGCUAACUAGCCAGCCCUUAACUCUUCCACCCUCUUUCAAGAUAUGCAAUAGCCUUGGUGCCUGUCCAAAGGCUUGGCCCCCUCUCCAAUGCAUGAGGAGUCCUCUUUCCUCCGCUCAGAGAUGCUGCUUUAUUUGCCCAGGAGGUCAUAUUCUUUAUAUAUAUUUUUUGUUGCAAAGUCUCUCUCUAGAGAAACUCUAUAUAAUAUUCUAAUUUUUUAAUUAUCAGUUUAUAUAUAAAAGAAAAAAAGAAAUGACUGUCCUGUGCUGUGCUGUGCUGUGCUCACAGUCUGUUGUCUGCUCUCCUGUGCUGGAAGUGUCGUGCAUUCCACUGGUCCCUCAUCCAGCCCAGUCUGGAUCUUCCAUCUGAACAGGGCUCAGCCUCCUGAGCUUUCAGACUGGGAGCUGUUCCAAUAAAGGCAGAGUGGCAGAACUCCA